GCGUCUACACACCGCACCUUUCUUCUUAGUUCCGAUUCCUCGCGCUGUCCUGCACCGCAAACUUUAGUGUUCUCCGCUUCACCAGAUUCCCUACCCCUCUCGCCGUGGCCGCACACAACUUGAUUGUAUAAAUAUGCGAGUGUGGACAUUCUGCCUCUGAUCGAACUCCCCCACUUUAUUUUUUUGGAGAUCAGAAUUCGGAUUUCGAUUGCUUUAGUGUCGAAGCGAAGAAUCUGUAGAGAAAAUCACUUUCUUUCUCUCUCAGAGAUUCCAUCUUUCUCUCUCCGCUUUUUAAUUUGGACGAUGCCUAUUGCCUUGUUCUUCUUCCCCUUUUCUUUCAAGCCGUCCGUCAAAUAAUUCCUCUCUCUCUCUCUCUCUCUGUGGUGUCCAUCCUUUUCAAGCUCCUUGGUGAUUCCGGCGAAGACUGGACCUAUACAUAGGAGCUUCAUUUCAGUCUUUCAUGGCUCCCUCAGGUGUCAACCAGCUCUCUCACCCUUGCGUUUAUGGGGAGUUUGUUUCUUCAUACGCAGAGAGGAAGUCACGCUUUAUGAAAUGGCUGAGUAAACUUUUCAGGAGCGGGAACAAUCGAGGAGGAACUUCUGGGAAUCGCAAUCAUCAGCUUAUUGGCGACGAAAACAUGGUUUGGCGUGCGCCUUUUAGAUCUGUGGAUGAGCGGUCUAGAACCCAGAAAGAGAAAGAGGAAUUAGACCAUGCAAUUGCGCUCUCUCUGGCUGAAGAUUCAAAGAGACACAGAGGAUAUAGAUGGCAGGACAAAGAUAACGAGCUAGCUAGGUCACUUCAGGAUAUAAAUCCACCAAUAUAUCCUCCACAUGCCCCUCCAGUUCCUCAACAUAAUCCGUAUGCAGUUCCUCAACAUAAUACGUAUGGAACUAGAAUAUGUGGUGGUUGUCAGCAAGAUAUACGUUACGGUAAUUAUUUGGGCUGCAUGGGGACAUUUUUUCAUCCUCAGUGCUUCUGCUGUCGUUCUUGUGGUCGCCCAAUUGUUGAGAAUGAGUUUUCUCUAUCAGGGAGGGAUCCUUAUCAUAAGUCCUGUUUUAAGGAGCUGGCCCAUCCAAAAUGUGAAGUUUGUCAUCAAUUUAUUCCAACGAAUCAAGCUGGUUUGAUCGAGUAUAGAUGCCAUCCAUUUUGGUCACAAAAAUACUGUCCAUCACAUGAACAUGAUAACACAGCUCGUUGCUGUAGUUGUGAACGCUUAGAGUCUUGGGAUGCAAGAUAUAUUUCAGUGGGAGAUGGACGGAGUCUAUGCUUUGAAUGUAUGGAAUCAGCUAUCAUGGAUACUGGUGAUUGUCAGCCAUUGUAUCAUGCCAUCAGAGAUUAUUAUGAAGGAAUGAAUAUGAAAUUAGAUCAGCAAAUUCCCAUGCUUCUGGUUGAAAGACAAGCACUUAACGAAGCUAUUGUCGGGGAGAAGAAUGGCCUCCAUCACAUGCCCGAGACAAGGGGUUUAUGCCUUUCUGAAGAGCAGACAGUCACCAGUAUACUCAAAAGGCCAAGAAUUGGAGGGCAUCAACUUAUCGGAAUGAGAACCCAACCUCAAAAGUUGACUCGAAGAUGUGAAGUUACUGCCAUUCUUGUUCUCUAUAGCCUUCCAAGAUUACUAACAGGUGCUAUUCUUGCUCAUGAGUUGAUGCACGGCUGGUUACGUCUCAAAGGCUACCGUAACCUUAAUCCUGAAGUAGAGGAAGGUAUCUGUCAAGUGCUUUCAUACAUGUGGCUUGAAACAGAAGUAAUGCCAGGAUUCAAAAACAUGCCAUCCACGUCUACAUGUGCAGCUUCUUCUUCCACUUCCUCAUCCUCAUCGAAAAAGGGUGGAAAGUCGAAUGUUGAACAGAAGCUUGGUGAAUUUUUCAUGCAUCAAAUUGCGCAUGAUUCUUCCCCAGCAUAUGGUGGAGGGUUUAGAGCAGCUAAUGCAGCUGUCAAUAAGUAUGGUUUACGUCGUACUCUGGAUCACAUUCGACUCACUGGAAAUUUCCCAUUGUAAUACGAAAACAAAAUGAUCCCUAUUCCUCUGUCUCUUUUAAUAUAAAUUAUUUUGCCAGCCCCAAAAGGAUUGAGCUCAUCAAAGAAGCUCUAGAGUCCUUUGAGGAUAACAUAUCCAAUGCCACUCUUACCAAUAACAAUGCGUAUCUUUAUUUCUUUCUCGUUACA